AUGCAGGAUUAUGAAGACAGCACGGCCUUCCUGGGUGCCUGGGGACGCUACCAGAAAGAGGUUUUCUUCCUGAUCUGUGUCAGCAUCUUGACCAAUGGACUGGGGGUGUUUGCCGUGGUUUUUGUGGCAGACACCCCAGCUCACCACUGCCUGAUUCCUGAUGUGAACCUGACUGCUGAUUGGUACAGAGCCGCCAUCCCACUGGAGGUGGUGGAUGGGAAGCAGGAGCUGAGCAGAUGCAGCAGAUACAGACUGGAUGUGGUGAGAAAUCUCUCUGCUCAGGGUUUCAUUCCUGGCAGGGAUGUCAACCUCACCGAUCUGGAGAAGGAGAGCUGCGUCGACGGCUGGAGCUACAGCAAGGACAUCUACCAGUCCACCCUGGUCUCUCAGUUUGACUUGGUUUGCGGUGACCAGUGGAAACAGCCUUUCACAUCCACUGUCUUCUUCCUGGGAGUUUUAUCAGGAUGCUUUAUAUCCGGACCGAUUUCAGACAGAUUUGGAAGGAAGCCUGUUUUCUUCGUGACCAUGGGAGUUCAAGCCAUUUUCACUUUGGUUUCGAUCUUUUCACCGAACUGGGUGGUCUUCUCCGUCCUCUAUUUCCUCAAUGGUUUAGGACAAAUCUCCAACUACAUAUCUGCUUUUGUACUAGGUACUGAGAUCUUGACUGGAAAAGUGCGGGUCCUCUUCUCAUCCAUGGGCAUAUGUGUGAGCUACGCCAUUGGCUACAUGUUUCUGCCUCUCUUAGCUUACUUUUUAAACGACUGGAAAUCUCUCAUGUUGGUUUUGUCGAUGCCUGGCCUGCUGUACCUGCCCUUGUGGUGGUUCGUCCCGGAGUCUCCUCGCUGGCUGCUCUCUCAGGGCAAGGUAGAGGAGGCAGAGGCCUUAUUGAGAAAAGCUGCCAAGAAGAACAAAGUCGAAGCUCCGCCGGUCAUCUUAGCCCAUGUUCAUUUACAGGAUGAAAAUGCCCAAUCUCAAGAACGUUACAACUUCUUCACCAUUGUGAUGGUUGCAGACAUCCGAAACACAACAGUGAUCCUGUGCCUGUUGUGGUUCACUAUGAGCAUCGGCUACUUUGGGCUGUCCCUCAACACAUCGCAACUGCACACUGACCCAUAUAUCAGCUGUUUCAUCUCGGCGGCUGUAGAAGUUCCAGCAUACAUUACCAGCUGGGUAGCCCUGCGAUACCUUCCUCGCCGGCUGUCCAUAGUGUGUAUACUGAUUCUUGGAGGAGUGUCACUUUUCUGCAUUCAACUGGUUCCUCAAACCCUGUCGGGUCUGACCACCGCUCUGGAGAUGGUGGGAAAAUAUGGCAUCACCACCGGCACGUCCCUGAUGUUUGUGUACACAGCUGAGCUUUACCCAACAGGCCUCAGGAACACGGCGACGGGGACGUGCACGGCCGUGUCUCGAGUUGGAAGCUGUGUUGCGCCGUUUUUACUGCAGCUGAGUAUAUACUCAAAGUACCUGCCUCAGAUGACACUGGGGAGUCUGGCCUUCGUGUCUGUUUUUGCCACUAUAUUCCUCCCUGAGAGUUUUGGAAAGCCUCUUCCUCAGACCAUCCAGCAGAUGCAGAAGAGAGGAAGCAUUAGGUGUCCGUUCAUGAAGAGGAAAGCUUACUCAAAGUCUUCGGUGAUAUCUGAAAGUCCACUGUGAUUGUCUGGAAUCAGUAAUAGUGCUUUGUUUCAAUGUUUUUUUUUUUUGUGUGUGUGGUUUGUAUUCAGAGCUUUUGCUUUAGAUUCAAACCUUACAGGAAAACCAUUGUACCAUGUGGUUUAUUGGAACUAAUGCUGCACUUGAGAAUUUGAAGUAAUUUAUGCUGCUAGAUGAAUUACAGCAUUGACGCACUUAAAUAUGAAACGUUUACUCAUUCAUUCGUUUAAUUUAUUUACGAAAGUAUGUAACUCCAAAGAGGAUCUGCUGCUUCGUUUGUUAUAUUAAUAUAAUUGGCUCUGUAAAGUAUUCUUGAGUGUUGUGAAAAGCACUGUUUGAAUAAAAUGCACUAUACUUAUUAUUUAAGAUACUACCAGUUAAAUGAACUGAAUCAAAACUGCAGUGGAUUCAUCAAAAACACCUUUAAUUAAAUAUUUUUUCUCAACUUUCACACAUGAAAUGCUUAUUACCGAGCACAU